AUGUCUCCAUACCAAAUCAUCUAUGGGAAGUCAUGUCACAUCUCGGUGGAGCUUGAGCAUAGAUUGUAUUGGGCAGUCAAGACCUGCAACACUGAUCUUAAGGAAGCUGGACUGAACAAACUUCUUCAAAUUCAAGAACUUCAAGAAAUAUGGUUAGAGGGCUACCAUAACUCAAACAUCUACAAACAAAAGACUAAGAUCAUCCACGAUGCCAACAUCCUGAGGAAAAGGUUUAAGGAGGGUGAUAAGGUAUUGAGGUAUAAAGCUCGAUUCAAGUUCAAGAAGGGUAAAUUCAAGAUGAGCUGGGAUAGACCCUACAUUGUGACGAAAGUGCAUGACUUCAAGAUGAUAGAGCUGAAGGAGAAGGCCAUGGGUAAGAUGUUCCAAUGCAAUGGUCAUCUCCUCAAGCUCUAUAGAGAGCCCGCACCACCUUCUUAA